UACUCAAUGCAAACAGGAAAUACAUAAAUGAACGGCUCUUUUUUCUAGGAAAAUAAACAAAUUAAGAAAGAAAUAUCCGUGGACGAUAGAAAUAAUAAAUUUUAGAAAAUAUCAAUCAUGCCUAACGUAGCUGGUUAUCUAGCAGAACAACAAAGGAAAAGUACGGGUGAUGUUUCUACUGAAUGGGGACUCCUAGAAGAAUUAUACAACAAAAAAUUAUGGCAUCAAUUAACUCUAAGGCUCCUGCAGUUUGUAAAAAACCCUAUCUUUUCAAAAGGAGAUGGAAUACUACGGCUGUAUGAAAAUUUCCUGUCUGACUUUGAGCACAGAAUCAACCCCCUCUCUCUGGCGGAGCUUAGUGUUUAUGUUGUCCAGCAAAUCCCAGAUCCAAAACAAGCCACAGAAUUUCUUGAGAAAAUGAAAGAGAAAGUUAAAGCCAGUGAAGAGGCCAAAGUUUUGUGUAUGACUACAAUGGGUAAAAUCUAUCUCCGGAAUAAAGAAUUCCCUCCAGUAAAGGCCCUAAUGGAAGAGUGUGAGAAAAUUUUAAAUGAUAUAGAUGGAGUGACCACAGUACAUGGACGCUUCUAUGAACUAACGAGCAACUAUCAUAAACUAAUGGGCAACCAUGCUCAGUACUAUCAAGAGGCCCUUAGGUUCUUAGGCUGCACAGAUCUGAUAGACAUGCCAAAAGCCGAGCAGGCAGAGAGAGCUUUUAAUAUUGGUUUAGCAGCUGUAAUAGGCGAGGGUGUAUACAAUUUUGGUGAGCUCCUUGCCCAUGAUAUCUUGGCAUCCUUGAAGGGCACAGAUAAAGAAUGGCUGGUUGAUCUUCUGUAUGCUUUUAACAGCGGAGAUAUUGACAAAUUCAUAGGUCUGAAGGAUAAAUGGGCUACUCAGCCGGAUCUGAAAGUCAAUGAUCUUGUCAUGAGGAACAAGAUCAAUCUGUUAUGUUUGAUGGAGAUGACAUUCCAAAGGCCAGCAACAGAUAGACAACUGACAUUUGAUAGUAUUGCCCAGACUGCCAAAAUUGACAAAAAUCUGGUUGAGCUGUUAGUCAUGAAAGCUUUGAGUCUUGGAUUAGUGAGAGGAUCUAUUGAUGAAAUAGAACAGAAAUGUCACAUGACAUGGGUACAGCCUAGAGUACUGGAUCGCAAACAGAUUGCCAGCAUGCAGACCCGCCUUGAGUUGUUGGGAAAAGAUAUUGGCUUGAUGGAACGCCUGUUAGAAACAACUGCUCAUGAUAUUCUCACAUAAUUUUUGAAGCAGUAUUGCAUUUUAUCUUCUUUUUUUUACUCUAUUUGUUUUGUAUUGAUUUUUAAUUUUUUUUUUCAUUAACCAUAAACAACUGCAAUUAUAUAAGUAUAAAUAAAAAUAGGUUGCUUUAUUAUUUGUAAAGAAACAAUAGUCUAUUACGCUGGUAAGUUUAGAUACUUUGUCAGGGAAAUAAUUUAAUUUGGUCACUUAUCCUUUGUUUAAAUUCAGUUGCCCGUGAAAUAAAUUAUAAUUGAAAUGA